AUGUGGAGCGUGGAGCCUAGUGAAUGCAACGGUUGUUGUGCCAGAAUAGAUGCUCUUUUGCAAAUGUCGUCAAGGACGACUUUGGUACCUGGAAAUAGACUAGGAAACUGCCUGUAUCAACUAGAUGCUAUGGCAUCGAUUUGUAUAGGAGCUGCAUGGCUGACGUUCCCGAAAUGGUUGUUACAUCGACAGGUGGUGGUGCCACUAGACGAGUCUCACGAACUUUGUGGACGAAUUAUGGGAGCACUUUUCGUCACAUCCUACAUAGUUUCUGCAAAUGCACUACACUGGACUGUUGCGGCCGACAAAAUGACUGCAGUUGAAGGCAGAGUUGUUGUGAGUUACAGCAAAACUUUAUAUCUUUUUACUGGAUAA